GGGGCGGGGAGUCUCGCGACAUGCGCUGCCGCCGCUCUCUGGAGUGGAGGGCGAGAAGGGGCGGGGAGUCUCGUGGGCUCUCGCGAGACCAGCCGCUGCUCUGGGGAGUGGAGAGCGAGAAGAGUCUCACAAGCUCUCGCGAGAGGCGGAGCCGCUCCCUGGAGCGGGAGGGGGAGUGUCUCACAAGCUCUCGUGAGAGGCGCGGCGGGGCCCGGAGUGGGGCGGGGAGUCUCGCGGGCUCUCGCGAGAGGCGGCGGCGCGGGGCGGCCCGGGAGCACGUGGGGCGCCGCCGCCGGCCCGGGGUCUCGCGCGCCGCCAUGGAGGAGCCGCCGCCGCCCGAGCAGCCGCCGCCCCCGCCGGCGGAGGAGGAGGAGGAGGGUCCCGGGCCCGACGCCGGCGCGGGGCCCGAGUGGAACAUCCCGCCCAACGCGCCCGCCUGCAUGGAGCGCCACCUGGAGGGCGCGCACUACCGCGCAGACGGGGCGCUGCUGCUGGGCGCCUCCGCGCUCAGCGGGCGCUGCUGGGCCGGCUCCCUCUGGGUCUUCGCCGACCCCCGCCGCGCCCCCAGCGAGGGCUUCUGCACGGCCGGCGUCCAGACCGAGGCGGGCGUCGCCGACCUGCGCUGGGUGGCCGACAAGGGCAUCCUGGUGGCCUCCGACUCCGGUGCUGUGGAGCUCUGGGAGCUGGAUGAAAACGAAACCCUCAUAGUGAAUAAAUUCUGUAAAUAUGAGCACGAUGACAUUGUGACGACAGUGAGUGUUCUUGCUAACAGCACCACGGCUGUCAGCGGCAGCAGAGACUUCUGUGUGAAAGUUUGGGAUCUCCCACAACAAACUGUGCUGCACUCCUACAGAGCUCACUCCGGUUCAGUGACAUGUGUGGCUUCCUGUCCUGGUAAGGACACUAUGUUCCUGUCCUGUGCUGAGGACAGCAGAACUUUACUCUGGGACACCAGAUGCCCCAAACCAGCUACUCGAAUUGUUUGCAGUGCCUGUAGUUACCUCCCUACCUCAGUCAUGUGGCAUCCACACAAAAGUGACAUCUUUGCUUUGGGUGAUGAAAAUGGGACAGUUGCACUAGUAGACACAAAGAAGCCUGAUUCUGCCCUCAGCUCUGCUGUGCACACCCGAAGUAUCACGGGGUUUGCAUUUUCUACACACAGUUCACCCUUCCUGGCUUCAAUCAGUGAAGACUGUUCAGUAGCUGUUCUUGACUCAAACCUUUCAGAGGUGUUCAGAAACCGUUCUCAUCGAGACUUUGUAAAAGGCUUAUCGUGGUCUCCUUCAGACAAUGCCUUGCUCACUACAGUUGGAUGGGAUCAUCAGGUUUUACAUCACAACGUACCACUACCAACUGGUGAAGCUUCUGGAAUCAACUGUGUAAAAGAAUAGUUUUAUAAACUUAUUGGUCCAAAUUCCUUCCUGGUGUUACUUUGAUUCUGCUGAAGUCAAAGCUGUUUGUGAACCAGACUGGGUAUGGUCUGUUGUCUACCUUCAAGCUUGUGGUCAAAAAAGGUUCUUGUAGUACUUGUGAAUUAGACACAAGUUCAUUACAGAACAGGCUUUACCUUCUCCUCAGCAGUCUGGCUUCACCUGUGAUAAGACUUCAGUAUGUUGCACAGAAAAAUACUGACUUCAGACACAGAGGAGUCUUGGAGAGACAGGCAAUUAGGUGUAAUAAAAAUUGAUUCUUCCCUCAGUUCAAGAAGUAAUAGAAACAAAUUAUUUGGGGAGGUUAAGACAACCCUCUUGCCAUAGUUAGCUGAAUGUGAGGGCCUUACCUGCACCAAGGUUUUUGCUGUUGGGAGAUUAACAGCAUAAAUUGACCCUUCCAACUGUGCAAGACAACUUGCCUUAGCAUUGAAAAGAGUAGAAAGGCUCUACUGUCAUCCUCAAUGCAGCAUGCAGGGAGAGGGUUGGUCUCAGCUGUCUGCUAGCAUGGAUCCCCAGUAAGCACCGUGUGCUUCUGCUCCACUGAUGCGUAUUUAAGAAUACCAGCGCUCAGUGGGAGGAAUCUUGUAUGCUGUAUGCUAAGGAUCCAGAAUGCAGCCCUGUGGUUAAGCAGCUUUGUGCUUCAGUGGUACAGACACUGAAAUACUAGGAUGUGCAAUAUUCAGUGUUGGCUUGAAGCUGAGGGCAGCUCAAGGGGCUGUUCUGUAGAAUGCUGAAAGCCAAGAGAAGUUAAUAGUUGCUGUGCUGUUUGACACUGUCUCCACUCCUCUGUGCUGAAGACAUUUAUUGAAGUAUUAAAAACUUUUGAACAGGAGUUUAUAUAAGGGAAAAACUGGACUAAGGACUUCAAUUUUCAUUUGUUUGCUCCUAUAACCAGACUCUGCUUAGUGAUAUAAGGCAACUCAUUAUGCACUUGUGAUGAGUGGCAUUUUGUGCUGAAGAUGGGGGGACCCCGUACAUUCCCCUAAUCCCCAAAACUGACUGCACAACACCUUAGAGGUGUUUUUUUGUAAUAUACCACUUUAACUUCUCUCAAACUAAACUGUUUCCCUGGAACAUGGUAUACAGUUGCUCUGCAUGCAUUGCCACUGCUCUAGGUCUGGCUUGGUCAGAGUUAACAUGCCCUAGACCAAUAAAAGUUGGUCCCGACUAGUGAAACAAAGAAAAUGCUAUUAAAGUGAAUGUUACCUCUGUUUAUUUAGCAUGCUAGCACCACUAAAGGAAAUGUAAGCCACUUCCAGUGUGCUCAUCUCUGAAAACCUGUAUUUUGAAAGAUACAAAUUAUGCAGCACCCACAAUUAAUUUUUAGGCAGAUUAAGCUUUUCCAGUUUGUGGUGUUCUCGUAGUCUUCUCAAACCUAGUUUGCUCCUCUGAAUUCCAGUAUCAUUCAGUUGUUCACUGAACAAAGUUCCUGAUCUAGAGCAGUGUAUUAUAAGGGCAAGGUAAAUGGUUAUGAAAACUGACAGAUUUCCUCAAACUACCCUUCCACAAAACAAAAAUUGUUACCUGUUACGGACCUCUGAUAGCAUACUGAAAACUGAAACAGGUCUUGUGCUGUUUGUGAAACAGAUGGAUGGAUGUCUGAAAAAUGGCAGUUUUUAAAUAAAUCAUAGUUUUCAUUUGUAA